CAAAACCGACCACGGUGCGUCUGGCGGUUCGCGAUCAUCAUCCUUUUUUGUUGUUGUUGCGCACCGCUUUUAAAAAAAUUAAUUGAAUGCAUUUUUAAUGUAGCCGGGGGAGAUCAGAGGUGGGCUUAUAUUUGAAUUAAAAAACAACCAUGGGGGGCACAGAUGAGUGUAAAACCAUGCUGGAUGCUCUGAACAAAGUCACAGCGUGCUACAGGCACCUGGUCAUCGCGCUGGGCAGCACAUCGGACUCUCAGAACCUGCGCGAGGAACUCAAGAAGACCCGGAAGAAAGCCCAGGAGCUCGCUGUGGCCAACCGGAAUAAACUAACCGAGUUGCUCAAAGACAAGACCACCAGCAAGGACGACCGGGCUGAGUAUGAGAGGCUAUGGGUGCUGUUCACCAGCAGCAUGGAGCUACUGGAAGUGGACAUGAAGCGGAGCUUGGAGAUAGGGCAGGAGUUCCCCCUCAAGGUGCCCACCAGACACCUCAUCCAGACGGGCAUGACCGGCAGCACCACCACGGUGGCCGCCAGGGCCAUGUCUGUGCAGAACAUGAAGUACGACGCGGACAGCAACAUCGACACUGCCGACCUGAAGGAGCUCCAGGCUGAGAUCACCCAGGUGGGCCAGAUGAUGGAGGAGAUGGAGAUGAAGGUGCAGGUGGCUCCGUGGGCCGUGGAGGCCAAGCAGGAGGCCGGCGCCGAGCUCAAAUCCACCCUGAGCGUCGGGAACUCCUCCGUGGGCGUCAUUUCCAUCUGUGAAGAGGAGCCCAAGGACGAGAUAGAUGAAGGGGUGACAAUAACGGAAUGAUCACAUGCAUCGCUGGAUUCAUAUUCGUUGCUAUUGUAGUAAUCGCCGGGAUUCUAGGAUACUUCGUAAUCGGUGGAUAGGAUACUUAGUUCUGGACGUUUUGAGCCAGCCUGGGAAUACUUCACAGAUAAACAGCGGGCGCAGCUCAGAGACAGAUACAGCCCGGGAUGGACACUAGGCAGGUUAUAUGCCCGGAGAAACGGCUCUGUUGUUGAGGAGAGAGAGACUAGCACGAGGAGCUGUCGAGGUGAUGAAAACUGUUACGUCUGCAUCCCAAAUGGCACCGAUUCCACAUAUAGUCCUCUACUUUAGACCAGAGCCACUACAAGGCGUUAUUCCCCAUAUAGUCCUCUACUUUAGACCAGAGUCACUACAAGGCGUUAUUCCACAUAUAGUCCUCUACUUUAGACCAGAGUCACUACAAGGCUUUAUUCCACAUAUAGUCCUCUACUUUAGACCAGAGUCACUACAAGGCUUUAUGCCACAUAUAGUCCUCUACUUUAGACCAGAGUCACUACAGGGAUUUAUUCCACAUAUAGUCCUCUACUUAAGACCAGAGUCACUACAAGGCUUUAUUCCACAUAUAGUCCUCUACUUUAGACCAGAGUCACUACAAGGCUUUAUUCCACAUAUAGUCCUCUACUAUAGAUGAGUAGGUUCUCCUCAUAGCUAGAGCAGAGGGAGGGUUUUGUCAACAGGGGGUAGAUGAGUAGGUUCUCCUCAUAGCUAGAGCAGAGGGAGGGUUUUGUCUACAGGG